AUGCCUUUCUACCCAGAUGGCUGGACAUAUGACCGGCUCCUCGACGCCAGCUCAGAGGAGCUUAUGGGUCUCUCAGACACUCAACGCACCACUCUCUUCGACGGUCUGAAGGCUAUCCACGGCGAAGAUGGCUUCCACGGAAUAUUGCAGGAAAUGAGUCGCCGCUACCGGGCCCGCGUCGAGGCCACUAAGUCAGAGGAGACUAAGCAGCAGGAGCAAGAGCUCCUCGCACCUUUUGUCCAGGUCCUGAAUUCUGUCUUCAGGUUCCAAGGCGCAGAGACUGAAGGUUGGGGGAAAUGGGGAUUUGUUGUGUUCCGCACGACUCACUAUGGGGGUGAGCAUGAGACGCAAUGGGCGGAAUUUCGAAAACGUUGGGAUGCGGUGAUCGAGGAGGGGCUGGCCCCGCAUCGCGGCUCGUUGCCGAAGGUAGACCGAGCGAUUGAAUUAUUGGAGUUUCAGUGGGUUGAAGAUCCGGAAUUAGAAGGCGCAGAUGCAGUGGAUGUCGCUAGACGCUUCAAUGAAAUGGCCUUGCCACAUGGACUCAACACGUCCGCUUGUCUGAUGAUAACACCAGCCUCUAUGGAGUCUGUUCUCUCCUCACCAUUUCCUUCUUCUGCGCCGCGGCGUGAGCGCCAAAUGAUUCCUUUUGUUGUUUCGGUAUCUAAGGGAGCGAGUGCCUCACGUCUUCCACCUUUCCUAGGCCUAGGUGAUGAGGAUGUGGCUGGCGCUGACUUUAAGGGGUAUCUUAAUGUGGCCGUGGAGAGUAUCUUGGAUGAGUUUUACCCUAUUGUCGCGUUGCAGAUGAUGGAUCUACAUGAACUGGUAGCGAAAUUCCGACACGAUAAUGAUAUCUGGUGUUCGACUGAUCAGUGGGGGAUACACCAUUACGAGGAAUCCUAA